AUGGCUCCCCUCUACAGGACCGCAGCAGCAUUUUGGCUCGCCGGACUCUUCGGGCUCCAGUCUGUGGCGGCAGCCGGAACAAAAUAUAGAUUCGAGUUAGUAGAAGUGAAAGAAGACGCCUACUUAAUAGCCAAGUUGGCCCGUAAUGGAAAAAUAACUGCUAAGACAAAUACGGUCGAAAAGGAUACCGACCUUCUCGCCGCCCUGAAGGGAAAAAUAAAAACCGACAGUGAUGCCGCUGAGGCGACGUGCUCGACAUUGGUAACAGAAGACCUUAAGAAGGUCUUCCAUGUCACUUUCGAAUACACAGAAAGUCCUGACUACCCUAAACUGGUGGAGGAUACCCUCAAAGCCGGACUGGCCGAUUUCGAGGAAACGUACCCGGCGGAUACAGAAGCGUGGAAAAAGGUAUGGAAGAAGACAAACGCUCCCGGCGUGUUGCAUCUUCUCGAAGCCACUAGCACUAAAAUCGCCUGCGUCAUUGCAAACUGUGUCCAGUCGCCUGCGGUUGAUACAUACGCCAAGUCAAAACAAGAAACAAAAACGACGGCUUUGCUUUUCUGUGAAUUAAGUCCUGCAGCGACAGAGGAACGGCCGGUCUUUAGCGAGGAGUACUUCAAGGAACUUAUUGCACGAAAAGACGAACUAAGCAGUAUGACGGAAGACGAUCUAACCAGCUCUGCAAAUGUUGCCGUUCCCAGCAUUCUAACUGCCGGUUUGGUCGCCAUCCUGGCAGCUAUCUCUGCCUAG